CGACUGAUUCCAGAGCUCGCGCCGAAAACCCCACACAACACUGGGCAGAUGCAGAUCGGAAACCCUAACAUCUCGCCUGUCGACCGUUUCCUGCCGACUCGCGACAACAACCAGGUCCCUCAUUGCUGGCGCAGUUGCCGCGGGCCGUUCGAGGAAGGUUAGCGGUCUCGCGAGAUCGGGUGCUAGCUGAAAGAAGGCUAGGUUAGUGGUACCGCUAUCACCAGGAACUAACAGUCACACUCCUGUAGUGUCGCUUUGUCGAAAAAAUGGACCAACCUGGAGAUGUCGUCCCGAAGAGUAACGAGGAAAACGCGCCCGCCGGAACAACUACAAUGGAGACGUCACCUGACGAAGUGGACCAAAAAGGACGAGAAAUCGCUACCGAAAGAGCCAGAGCCAUUGGCGUCGACGGCGAAGGGCCAAUCAGCGGAAUAGUCAAGUGGUUCAGCUUCAAGCUGGGCUAUGGAUUCGUGAUCCGUGACGACGGGAAAGGAGAUGUUUUCGUCUAUCAGCAAACAAUCUGCAAGAAGGGAUAUAGGACACUGUCACAGGGUGAGAAAGUGCUCAUGUACGUGGUGGAUCAGAACAUUCCACCGGAAUCUGCAGCUGACGUGCACAAGGGACCAGAGGCAACGAUCGUAAUGGGGUCGGACGGUGGAGAUGUUGUUGGCUGUGUUGGCGGCAAGGCUGCAGGUGGUAGCAAGCCGUCGAAAGACAAGCCUGUGAUGAAAUGCUACAACUGCACGUCCACUGGUCACAUCGCCCUGCAUUGUCCCAAGCCGCCGACCAGGGUCUGCCACGCAUGCGGCGAUGAGGGCCACGUACGUGCGGUGUGUCCAUACACGUUUGCUGCUGCUGCGCCAUGGCAGGGGGCGGCGGCGUAUCCUGCUGGUAUGGAACAGCAUUACCCGCAACCAACUGGCUUUAGCUACGUGGUGCCUGUGAUCGAUGGCGGUGUGCUCAACGAUAGCACAACGGUUACUCAAACUCUGAGUCCACCCUUCCCAUCCGUCGGAAAUGGCCAGUAUUGGAGCAUGCCAUCACCACAUCCACAUAAUCUGGCGAACAGACAGCAAGGUGUCAAGGUUGGCUAUAAGCAUACACCUCUCCUUCAAGGUAGCCUGCCCGGUGCAGCCAAUCUUAAUCAGCAUGCGCCGACAAUGGCUGAAAAAUAUAUGCCGACAGGUCACCAACAGCAGCAGCAACCUGUGGUGGCAACGUAUGCUGCCAAUGUACACCCUAUAAUGCAGCAGCACCAUUUGCCGACGGCGUAUGUACAGUGGAUAGGCCCAGCAGCCCAAGUCUCAACACAGCCAGCAGCACCAUUCCACAUCUUGGCUCCUGUGGCACCGAUGCAGCAGCAUUGUGGCCCUAAUCCUGUGGAACCGAAUGGCGUGUUCGCAGCACAUGCCUCCAGCGAUGGGGCUGCUGCGGCUGCAGGCGUACAUGUGCACGGGGUGACUGUACCAUCGUCUACACCGCAUAAUCAACAGGGUACAGGUCAGCAACCUUUGCAGCAGACUCUGAUGCAACAGCCACCAUCUGCCAUGCCACAGCCCAUGGCUCGCACACAGCAGGGACCUCAACACCACCACCACCAGCAGCAACAGCAGGUGUUGAACAUGAAUGCUGCAGUGCCACCGGCGAUGACGCUGAUGCCAGCGGCCGAGGUAUCGGCGGCCAACUGCAACUGGGUUGGCGGUGUCCCUGUUGCGGCGAUGCCUGGAUACUCUGGCAGCAGCAGCAGCAGCACCAGCCAAAAUCAGACGCCGAGCGAUGUCUACAUACCAACUGCCCACGACUACAUGGCUAUGUGACUGAUACAGGCACUCACAACACAACCCUUUGCUGCAAAAGCAGCACCACCAGCAGUAGCACAGACUGCACGAUUUAAUAUUGCUCGUAUUCACUGAAUGUUCAAGCCAUUUGCACAUGCAUACAUGUACUAAUUUCUCUGUUUCCUUUCUCCUCUUUUAUAUUGCUUGCACUACCUUUCAUGUACUUUCAGCUCAGAGCAGACAUGCGGUGCUCGUGGACAUUGGCAUGCAUCUAUGCAUUGCCGGUGAAGCGCAGUGCCCUGCUGAGCUCGACACUGGCACGCGUGGACUUUGAACCCGACGCAUUUGCCCACUGGCACGCUCCACAACUCUCAAUGAUUUUUGAUCACAUGCCUAGCCACUCUCUGUGUGAAGUGUUUGCACCGCGCAUUUCUCCGAGUCCUUUUUCUUUAGGCUUUACUCGGACGCUUUUUUUUCCUGCAGCAACAGGCCGCAUUACUGAUAGGGACGUACAUGAAAUUGCCAGGGAGUGAAUUUGUAUUCAUAUUGAUGAAAUGUAAAUUUGGUAAUAGACUUCUUGUGCUCUGAUUGACUUUAA